AACAUUUAUGGAUUAAUUUUUUUACAUUUUAAUUUGAACAUUAAAGAAUUACUUCCCUGAUCCCACAUAUAUAUAUAUAACACCCUGUCUCUCUUAAUGCAUAUAUUAUUAUAUAGUCCAAGCUUUUUUCUUGCCUGCUUCCUUCACAGCCUGUCAAGCUUAAAUUAUUAAGAUAAUGAUUAUAAUUUUUUAGAAACAGGCUUGCUUUGUUGAUUCUCUAAGUUAAGAGAGAGAGAGAGAGAGAGAGAUUAGUAUUUCUGGGCUGUCAAAGAAAGAGAUCGUCAUUCUCGCUGGUGCUUCCAAGUCAUUUAUCUUUAUCUUCAACAAAAAUAUUAGUAAUUCUCUUUACUUCUUAGAUUGCUCCGUCCACACUAAUUCCCUAAAACCAUGAAUUAUGGAAGCUCAUGACGUCGGCUUUCGCAUUAAAAAGGAAGAACAUGUUCAAUGAUCCUCAUCGGAGAUAUUCGCCAUCCGGUCACUUUUUAUUGCAGGGAUGGGAACUAAACUUGAAUAUGCAAGAAAUCUUCUAGCACCUUCAUCAAAUAGCACCAGCUUUAAUGUUGAUUUUGUGGAUCAUUUGCAAAGUAGAGGACUGAACAUUGACUUCAAAAUUACUGGAGUUGACUGUAGAAUGCCUGAAAACCAGAACAUAGAUUUCAUUAGAAAAACAAUGCAGGUGCAUGAAGAUACCUUCAAACAUCAGGUACGGGAACUACACAGACUGUACAGUGUUCAAAAGAUGCUAAUGGAAGAGCUAAGAAAGGAAAUUAAACAAACUAAAAAGUACUGGAGUCCUAUGGCUACUCCAGAUAUUAUCCAAAGCAGUUAUCAGUAUAGUAGUAUUAACGUUGAAAACUUGAGAGAUGAUCCAAGCCCAAGAGAAAGAAGCGGUAGUUGCUCCGGCGAGAAUAUAAUAAGAAUAGCAAGAGGAUUGGAUCUUGAAAGGCCUGCAGAGGAAGAUAUAUCAACUGCAGUUAGUGUAGUUGAUGAUAAUAUUCCUUACAAAGAUACUGAAGUUGAGCUUACAUUGAGUAUUGGAGGUAGUACAAGCAAGAAGAGAGCGUCGCUGAAUCAAGAACCGGGGAAUAGGCGUAUGAAGGAGCUUGAUUUUCCGGCUGAAAGAGCAGAGGAUUGUAGUGGUCCGACAACACCUAUGAGUAGCUCUAGCACUGCAACGUUUGAUCAUGAAAGAAAACAGCCACAUUGGCUUUUUCAGGGCUUAAGCAUAAACAGGACUGGUUGAUCAGCUUUCAUUUUUUUUUUUUUUUUUUU